GCAGGGCAGGGGCCGGGCAGGGCGCAGCGGGCGGCGCUCCGCUCCGCUCCCCUCCGCAGCGCUGUCCCGGCGGGGCCCCGCGUCCUCCCCAUCCCGUCCGGUCCCAUUCCAUCCCCUCGUAUCCCAUCCCUCCCGUCCCGUCCCGUCCCUCUCCACCGCCGCCGGGACCAUGCGGCGGGCGCGGGCGCUGCGCCGCCGCGGAGCGCUGCUCGCCUGCCUCUCCCUGGGGACGCUGCUGGCCCUCGCCGACGCCAAGGGCGCCUUCUACCCCCCCGCCGCCCCGCUGCCCUUCGGCGGCAGGUACAGCCUCUACACGGCCGGUUCCAGCCCGCAGCUCGGCGCCGGCAAGCCCGUGGGCAAGCACAAGAGCUACUGUGCCUACGUGGUGCAGCGCAACGUGACGUGCACGCUGCAGGACGGGGCCGAGAGCUAUGUCAAGGCUGAGUACCACAAGUGCAGCUGGGGACCCAAGUGCCCAGGGAAAGUGCUGUACCGCACCUUCUUCAGGCCCAAAUACAAGAUUGGAUACAAGACAGUGACCGAGCUGUCCUGGAGGUGCUGCCCAGGCUUCAUGGGAGAAGGGUGCCAUGACAGCCCAACAGACCAGCCUGGCCUUCUGCCCCAGCAUCCCAGCCCUAAAAUGCCCCCUGGGCAAAAGAUGUUUCCAAUGCCCAGACUUCCUCCCUAUCCCAAAAGCCACCCUGACCUGUUUCCAGGACCAAAGAAGAAUCAAUAUGGCAGGAAGCUGCCUGGCCUCUUCGGGGACCGCCUGGAUCGGCUGGAGGAGGAGGUGAGGCGCCUGUCCCAGUCCUACGACAGCCUGCACACCAUGGUGAGUGGGCUGGGGGACCGCCUGCGGUUGGCCAUCCAGGAGGACACCACCAAGAUGAUCGGCUCCCUGAUGAACAGCCCAGGCACGCCAGACUCAUCCGUGGGCUUCGGCAUCAUUCCCGACGGCCUGGUGGAUGUGGCGGACAAAGCUGACAUGGCCACCUACCCUCCCGUAGGGGACAUCCUGACCAAAGUGACCGAGGUGAGCGACGUGCUGAAAACCAAGGCAGAUCUGCUGCACGAGGUCCGGGGCAUGGUCCUGGACCACGACGGGCAGAUCAAGCACCUGCUGGAGUCCUCCCGGCCCUCACCCCUCACCUCCAUCGACCUGCUGGAGGAGUAUGUGGACACCAGGCUGAGCAGCCUGCGUGGAGAGCUGCUGGAUGGCUUCGAGAAGAAGCUGGGCAAGAUCCAGACCACGUGUGAUUUCCGCAUCCAAGAGGUGCGGCAGCAGUGCGAGGAGGAGAAAGCCGCCAACCUGCGGCUGCAGCAGACGCUGGAUGGGAAGGAGCUGGAGAUCAAGAAAGAGAUCUCUCAGCUGGAGACCCAGAUCCAAGGGCUGACGGUGGUGGAAAGCUGCUGCAGCAACCUGGACUACCUCACCGAUCGCAUGAACAUCCUUGAGAAAGGCCUUCACAGCAUCUCUGAGUCCCAGAAGAACCUGCACUCACGCCUGGAUGGAGAAAUCUCCACUGCCACCCUAGGGAACCUCUUUGAAGGGCGCUUCGAGGACCUGGAAGCCAGGCUCAAUGACACAGAGAGGGAAAUGGGGAGCUGCUGCUCUGGUAUAGAGGACAGCAUGAAAGGCACAGUGGUGGCAGAGGUGGAUGGCAUGAGGACUGCUUUUGAAGACAAAAUGCAGACCCUGGAGGACAGGUUCAUGACCAUUGUGGGGGAGCUGAACAAUGUCAGCUCUCCCAUGGGCAUGGACGGAGCAGUGGUGCCUGUGCUGGAAGGGGAGCUUGCCAGCAUGAGGAAACGGACAGAUGAGACACUGGAGGCGUUGCAGAAUCGCCUCAUCACCCUGGAGACCACCUGCUCCCUGGGCUGCACCUCUGCCUCCAAAGAUGUGGAGACCUUUCGGACGGAGAUCGAGGACUGCCAGAACAAGAACCAGGACCUGCUCCUCCGGAUGGACAGCAAUUACGACCUCCUGCGCAAGCUGAACGCCACCAUCCUGGAGAUCCAGCGGCGAAUCGAGGAGGAGGCAUCGGGGGCUUUGCAAGGGGAGAUCACCUUGCUGAAGAUCAACCUGAACACUGUGAGCAAGUCUCUGACAGGGCUCAAGGACUCCGUUUCCCAGUACUCAGACACCGUGACACAUGUCAACUCCUCACUAGAUGAGCAUGAGAGGAAGAUUGAGGAUGAGGUCCACUCCAUCCAGGAGAAAGUCAACGACCAAGGUUCCCAGCUUUUCUUCAGCAACCGCCGCGUCCUGAACCUCAAGGGAGACCUGGAGCGACUCAAAGCCAGGAUUGUCAGCGACCUGAGCUCCUGCAAGAGCGUGGCCCACGGCCUGCAGCAGGAGGUGUCUCGCUUCGACGAGCGGGUGGCGCGGGUGGAGAGCGCCUGCGGCAGGCUGGGGGCCAUCCCCGGCAGCCUGGACGACAUCAGGGAGGAACUGGAGAAACACACAGGCAGUCUGUGGGACUACAUGGACCACAUGAACGGGACACUGGCUGCCCACUCUCAGGAAAUAACAGGACUGAAGGACAACUUGCUUGACUGCCAAGCCAAGGUCUCUGAGCUGGCAGAACAGGUCGGGCACUUGGAGGAGAAGGCGGAGAGAAGGCAGCACUAGCUACAUUGCCAUGCCAUGUGUCUUCCUUCUCCUGCUGUGAAGGACAGGAUUAAAUUAUAUCACACAGACUCACUCCAAUGUGACAACAGUUCUUGGGAUAACUUUUUUUUAUGAAAAGCUGCUACAUUUUUUUCCCCUUAAUCUUGUUGGUCCCACUUCUCCUUAACUCCACCGUGCUGGUGCUCCCCUCCUGAUGCUCAGCAACUGUCCUGACCCUGGCACAGCAGUGUCACUGCCUCCUGGCUGGAGGUGUUGCUUUGGCUCCUGGGCUGAUGACCCCAGAGGGACAAUUCAAGAGUAAGCUGGAGGCAGAAACAUUUUUUUUUAAUUUCAUUUUUGUGGAUUUAUCAUUUCUUGAAGAAUAAAACCCUGUAGUUAUCAGCUGAGGAAUAGUUUCUCUGACCUAAAGACCACCUGCAUCUUAAUCCAGAGACUGAACAGAGCCAGGGCUCCUUGCAGGGAACAAAACUCACCACAGGAAUCGUAGAUUUCAAAGAACACACGUAUUCACACGUCCCUCCGGGAACUGGCUUCCCUUCUCCGAGAUGGCAGCCCUCCUUGUGUAUGGUAAAUCCAUUUAUAAUGCUCCCUCCUCCAUGCAGAUGCAUAUGCCUUAUGGAGCAUUAGGAUGUGCAUUAGGAAAACACAUAUGCAUAUAUAUAUAUAUAUAUAUGGUAUGU